GCAACCAAACCAAAUGGGCCCUCGUAAGUAAAUCCACCCGGCAUAGAAUGCCCCCAAACAAAACCCUAAAUAUAUAAUCUAAUCAUCCUUCAUAAACCCUAGUAGCAGCACUGAAGUUCCGCCAUUUGAACUCUCUCUCUGCUCAAAUCUCCUAAAAAAGAGAAAAUGAAGGUUAUCGCUGCUUACUUGUUGGCCGUGUUGGGUGGAAACACCAACCCUACUGAUAAGGAUUUGAAGAAAAUCCUUGCAUCUGUUGGAGCUGAGGGUGAAGAUGAUAGGAUUCAACUACUACUCUCUGAAGUUAAGGGCAAAGAUAUCACUGAGCUGAUUGCUGCCGGCAGAGAAAAGUUGGCUUCAGUACCUUCUGGUGGUGGUGCUGUUGCAGUUGCUGCAUCUGCUGGUGGCGGUGCUGCUGCACCUGCUGCUGAGGAGAAGAAGGAAGAAAAGAAAGCGGAAGAAAAAGAAGAGUCAGAUGACGACAUGGGCUUCAGUCUUUUUGAUUAGAAGAAUUCGGAGAAUUCAGCUUUAUGAAGUAUCCCCUUUUUCAGUUGUUCCCCUUGAAUGUAAUUUAGGAGGUUUUUUGUCUACCUACAGAUUUUGUUUGAACUUAGAACUUUUCAUGGCAAACGGUUGAAAUUAUAGUAGUGCGAAUUUCAAAUGUCCAGCUUUGUUAUAUUUCUAACCAUUUUGAUAUAUUAAAAGCUGCCAUGCCAUUUUCAUUAUA